AAAACACAUGAGUGACGCAAGUGGUAAAUUCUUUCUGCCAAACGGCGUCGCUUUAUCAAAACUCGCGGGAUGCUGAUCAAAGCCGCUACGACUGUCGGAGGGUUUCAAGUUUUUGACGUCUUCGUUUCAAUUCACCGCCGUUUGUCUUCUUUCAUCCACUUUUCCCGGCGGCUAAGGUUUUCGAUGCGGAACGGGAAGAAGAGAGCUCGGUCAGAACCCGGAUCCACUAAGCAACCCCGAAACAAAUACUCUGAUAACCCACCCGAUUUUGCAAACUUGGCUUCUCUUUACCCUUCUUUCAAGCCCUUUGUUUUCUUCUCCGGUGGUGGUCGACCCCGCAUCGACUGGACCGAUUACAACGCCACCCGAGAGCUCACUCGUAUCCUCCUUUUACAUGAUCAUGGCGUCAACUGGUGGAUUCCGGAUGGACAGCUUUGUCCAACUGUGCCUAAUAGAUCGAAUUACAUUCAUUGGAUCAAUGAUCUUUUGUCCUCUGAGAGUUUUGGUGGUGGUGAUGGAAGCAGCAAAGUUAAGGGCUUUGACAUUGGUACAGGUGCCAAUUGCAUUUACCCUCUCCUUGGUGCUUCCCUCUUUGGUUGGACUUUUGUUGCCUCAGAUUUUACUCUUGUAGCUCUGGAUUGGGCGGAGAAGAAUGUUAAAAGUAAUCCCCAUAUUUCAGACCUUAUCGAAAUCAGAGACUCUAAAGUUCUUCUUCCACAGUGUUCCGAGGAAGCCGCCACCACGGUUCAGUCUGUAGAUGACAACAAGAGCUGCUCUAUUGAACCAGCUGUACUAGUCGGUGUUGUCAAAGAAAAUGAAACGUUUGACUUCUGUAUGUCCAAUCCUCCAUUUUUUGAGACUUUUGAAGAAUCAGGCCUUAACCCUAAAACUUCAUGCGGAGGAACUCCUGAGGAGAUGGUUUGCAGUGGUGGAGAGCAAGCUUUUGUGUCCCGUAUCAUCCAAGAUAGUGCUGUUCUGAGGCAAAGAUUCAGGUGGUACACCUCAAUGCUUGGGAAGAAGGCUACCCUCAAGCUCUUAAUAUCUAAGCUUUGGGAAGUGGGUGUUACAGUUGUGAAGACCACUGAAUUUGCCCAAGGGCAUACAUCCCGUUGGGGCCUCGCUUGGUCCUUCAUGCCCACAGCUAGGAAGAUUUUAGCACCUCCUGUAGUCAAAAAGAACAUUCUUUCUUUUAUGCUUGAGCGCAUUAAACGGCAGUACAGUGCCGUAGAUGUGCUGCAAUCAGUUGAAGAAUUUUUUAAGAGCUGUGGUGCAUCGUGCAAAUUAAACUCUUCUACAUUUUCUGUUGACAUUGUUGCGUCUGAUGACCAGUGCAAUACAAUCUUAAAGAAUGGUAUUACCAAUGUUGAUAGUGCGAGAAGCCACGGAUAUGAACAAAAACAGUCACUGGAUGGCUCCAGUUUGCAAGUCCCUGAAGAUAACCUAUCUUUUCGCAUCUCGGUAUUCCAACAGAUGCCAGGAACGUUGCUUAUAAAAGGAUCAUUACAGCAGAAAGAUAUCCCCCUCUCAGGAUUGUUCUCAGUAGUGUUUGGUUCGUUGGAAGAAAGUAUGAAGUCCAAAUUUUGUCGAUAACGAGUCCCAGGGCACUGUUCCGACUUGAAGAAUGGCAUCUGACUGAAACUGGAUGAAAUGGAUACAAAGCACAUGUUCUUACACACAAAACACAAGCCUUGGUUUAAUUUCUGCGUAAACUCACCUAUACAGUUCCUCCCGACAGAGGCAAGCAGAAAUGUAUCAGCGAAAUCUUGUUGUGGAUCAGCGAAAAUGUUGCAUAGCAGACGGCUCGUGCUUUUCAACUGAUGACUUGAAAAGGCUUACAUUACGGGGAAAGAUACACACGGCCAAGUAGGAGUACCCUAAAGUAGUACAGGAGAGAUAGAGAGAGCCAGAGAGGACUCUUUUUACUUCACGGGAUAAAGCAAGCUACUUUUGCUUUUCUCUCAAGUUUCUCUUUUUUGAUCAGUCAUCGCUUGUGAUGAAAAAUGUAAGACCUCUACCAGAUACCUAUAUACAUCUUGCAGAGCAUGCGGAUGUUGUUAUUUUGAAAUUGUCACUUUCUAUAUAUAGCUUAGGUGAUCCUCAA